AUGAAAGGUGAGAUAAAUGGCCUCAAGACUUUGAUUAUGGAUGAUACUCCAAAUGCAUACUAUGUUCAUUGUUUUGCUCAUCAACUUCAAUUAACUCUUGUUUCCGUUGCUAAAAAGAAUAAUGAGUGUGGUUGGCUUUUUGAUACACUUGGAACCUUGUUGAAUGUAGUUGGAAAUUCUUGUAAAAGAAGAGAAAUGAUUCGAGACAUCCAAGCUCAAAAUGUUGCUCGAUCCUUAGAAAUUUGUGAACUUGAAACAGGAUCGGGGUUAAAUCAAGAACUUGGUUUGAAAAGACCCGGUGACACUCGUUGGGGUUCUCACUACAAAACUCUACAAAAUGUCAUGAACUUGUUUCCUACUCUUGUUGAUGUACUUGUGAUGAUUGGAAAAAAUGGUUCAAAUGCGGAUGGUAAGGCAAAAGCUCAAGGUGUUGUGCUCUUUCUAGAACCGUUUGAUUUUGUUUUUAUGGCACAAUUGAUGUCUACAAUAUUUGGGUACACUAAUGAGUAA